AUGGCGACUGUUUCGGAUGUUUCAAAAGUCAUCUCAAACAUUUUAGUUCCACUUUCUUUUUCAAUUAAACCCAAACAAUUAGAAGCUGUGGUAAAUAUUUUAAAUGGAGUCGAUACCUUGUGUAUUUUUCCAACGUGUUAUGGUAAAAGUUUAAUCUACCAACUUUUACCAAGUGUGUGUUUGGAGUUAAAUAUAGCACCUUCACCACUUGUUUUAGUCGUUUCUCCUCUUAAUUCUUUAAUCCAAGAUCAAGUUUCAUCUGCAAAUUCGUUAAGUGCGUUAGGAUUAAAGGCUUCCAAACUAGAUUGCAAUGAUUAUGGGGAUAUUAUAUCUGGCAAUUUCAAUAUUUUGAUUGGCACACCUGAAUCUUGGCUUAAUAAUGCCAGGUGGAGACAGUUUCUCUCAUCCAAAUUUGUACUGGACAAUGCUGUUUGCCUUGUUGUGGAUGAAGUACACAAAGUGUCAUGGGGUGCCUCACCAAUGAGCAAUGAGGACAAGCCAUUCAGAGAAGCAUUUGGUAGAAUCAGUGAAAUGCGGUCUAUCUGUCGUCAAGAUUUACCUAUUCUUGCCCUCAGUGCCACUGUGGAUGUUGAUUUGACCCAGCUUGUUAUUGGAAGUUGCGGAUUAUCAAAAAAACUGAGCGUAAUAUCAGUAUGUAGUGACAGACAAAAUAUACGAUUGUGUGUUUUGAAUAUUUCCAGUAGGGAAAAUGUCCAAUGUCUGAAGUGGAUUGUUGAGACUUUUUUAUCAGAGGUUUCUGAUACACAUAAAGUAAUAAUUUACUGUCGAUCAGUGACUUUGUGUGGUUUUGUUUACUACCACGUUCGUAAGAUGAUUGAACGAGAAACUUUGGGAAAUGGUAUGAAAUCUACCGACUUAAUUGCCUUAUUUCACUCUGGAACAUUGGAAGCCCAAAAAUCGAAUGUUUUAUCAGCCCUGACAUCAGACACAGGUAUGCACAUAUAGCUGUAAUAUUUUUUACCUUUCAUAUUUUGUAAUGUAUACGACACCCUUUCAGCAUUUUUUUCAUUGAUGUUGCUACGUAAUGAACGCAGUAA